UGAGAGUUUGUUAAAAAGAAUGGCGACCACUCGAAAGUGCGCUCAAGGAUUUUAAUGACAGUUCUUUGUUGAAUCUCGGAUUUGAAGACAGUUGAUCGUUGUGUUUUAUAUUAAUAUGUCAACAUCUUCCUCGAGAUUGACAAGACAGAAUGUUAGAAAAACCAGGAAAAAGAGUUUCAAAAGGACAGUUUUUCCACGAUCUAAUAAUCCAGUAGUUCGCGACUUAGAGCCCCAUAUCAUAUAUUCUCCACCUGGUGCAAGUAGUGCCAGUGGAAUCAGCUCUCCUCACCAGUCACCUUAUGCCUUGAGACGUAAGCUCUCGCCACAAGAACCAAGCAGCCCAGGCUCUGGUAGCAAUAGUGUUGCAAAUUCUGAAAACAUAUGUACUCAUUCCUUACUCACUCGUAAACGCCAGAGGCGUGUGUUUUCCUCCUCGCAGUCAAUAGCAGAUGACACAGGAGAGGCAGCCCAUUAUCUUUUGUAUGAACUUCCUGAUGAAGUUUUAUUAACUAUCUUCUCUUACUUACUGGAGCAAGACUUGUGCCGUGUUGCUCAAGUUUGCAAGCGCUUCCAUAUCAUUAGUAGCGAUACAGAGUUAUGGAAAACUCUUUAUCAAAAUGUAUAUGAAUAUGAUCUUCCACUCUUCAACCCUGCUCCAGCAAAGUUUGAAUUUGCACAACCUGAGGAAUGUAAAUAUGAAAAUCCUUGGAAAGAAAGCUUUAAACAAUUGUAUCGAGGUCUACAUGUUCGGCCUGGAUAUCAAGAACAGUAUGAGAAUAAUCCUGAACAUUAUCGGGGGAGGAACAUAACUUAUUUUGACACGAUUGAAUCAGCAUUUAACUAUUCUGAAGAAUUAGAAAAUCCCUUAAUAUUUAUUCAUGCUGGAGCGUAUAAGGGCGAGUUUCUUAUAAUUGAUACCAAUGUUGCUAUAAUUGGUGCAGCUCCUGGUAAUGUGGCUGAAAAUGUAAGCUUAGAAAGAGACUCUGAAUCAACAAUUACGUUUGUUGAAGGUGCUAAGGAAGCAUACUUGGGUUAUAUAACUCUUAAGUUUGCACCAGAUGUAUCAUCUUCUGUUCCACAUCACAAGCAUUACUGUUUAGAAGUGGGAGAAAACUGUACACCAACCAUAGAUCAUUGUAUUAUUAGAAGUGCUUCCGUUGUUGGUGCUGCAGUGUGUGUGACUGGAAAAUCAGCUGAACCUGUUAUAAAACAUUGUGAUAUAAGUGACUGUGAAAAUGUUGGUCUGUAUAUUACAGACCAUGCACAGGGCAUUUAUGAAGAAAAUGAAAUAAGUAGAAAUGCUUUAGCUGGAGUUUGGGUAAAAAAUCAUGCUAAUCCUAUCAUGAGAAGAAAUCACAUUCAUCAUGGACGGGAUGUUGGAGUGUUUACUUUUGAUAGUGGCUUAGGUUAUUUUGAAACAAAUGACAUACAUAAUAAUAGAAUUGCUGGCUUUGAAGUAAAAGCUGGUGCAAAUCCUACAGUUGUUCGGUGUGAAAUCCACAAUGGUCAGACUGGCGGGAUUUACGUUCAUGAAAAUGGCCGAGGACAAUUUAUCGAGAACAAAAUACACUCUAAUAACUUUGCUGGUGUUUGGAUUACUUCUCACAGUAACCCAACAAUCAGGAGAAAUGAAAUUUAUAAUGGUCAUCAAGGUGGUGUUUAUAUAUUUGGAGAAGGAAGAGGCCUUAUUGAACACAAUAACAUCUAUGGAAAUGCAUUAGCUGGUAUUCAAAUUCGUACAAAUAGUGACCCUAUUGUUCGAUAUAAUAAGAUUCACCAUGGCCAACAUGGAGGCAUUUAUGUACAUGAAAAAGGGCAAGGCUUAAUUGAAGAAAAUGAAGUGUAUGCAAACACAUUAGCUGGUGUUUGGAUAACUACAGGCAGCAUACCAGUUCUUAGGCGAAACAGAAUUCAUAGUGGAAAACAAGUUGGUGUCUAUUUCUAUGAUAAUGGACAUGGAAGAUUAGAAGACAAUGACAUUUUUAAUCACCUUUAUUCUGGUGUCCAGAUAAGGACUGGCAGCAACCCUAUCAUUUGUCGAAACAAAAUCUGGGGAGGCCAGAAUGGUGGUGUAUUAGUUUAUAAUGGAGGACUAGGCAUUCUUGAACAAAAUGAAAUUUUUGAUAAUGCAAUGGCAGGAGUUUGGAUUAAAACGGACAGUAAUCCCACUCUUAGGAGGAACAAAAUAUACGAUGGUAGAGAUGGAGGAGUCUGUAUUUUCAAUGGAGGCAAAGGAAUUUUAGAAGAGAAUGACAUAUUUAGAAAUGCUCAAGCUGGUGUAUUAAUAAGUACUCAAAGUCAUCCAGUAUUAAAACGCAACAGAAUAUUUGAUGGACUAGCAGCUGGAGUAGAAAUCACUAAUAAUGCGACUGCAACUUUAGAGUUUAAUCAAAUAUUCAACAACAGGUUUGGGGGCCUUUGCUUAGCAAGUGGUGUUAAUCCUAUCCUCAAAGGUAAUAGAAUAUUUGAAAACCACAAUGCUGUUGAGAAAGCCGUCAACAGUGGUCAAUGUUUGUACAAAAUUUCUAGUUAUACAAGUUUUCCAAUGCAUGAUUUUUACAGGUGUCGGACGUGUAAUACUACUGACAGAAAUGCUAUUUGUGUAAAUUGUAUAAAGACUUGCCAUGCAGGUCACGAUGUAGAAUUUAUUAGGCAUGACAGGUUCUUCUGUGACUGUGGAGCAGGUACUUUAAGUAAUCAAUGCCAACUUCAAGGUGAACCAACACAGGACACUGAUACUCUUUAUGACUCAGCUGCACCUAUGGAAUCUCACACAUUGAUGGUGAACUAAAAAUUCCUAUGAGCAGAGUGACUGCCAAAAUGAGGUCGAACCUUGAAUGGUUGGCCCCAGUGCUGACCAGAUCACAGAUUUCGGUUUCUAGUCACAAUCAUGGCCUUGUGCUGCUUGGAGUUGCUGAAUCGAAGUGAAUCCUGACUCUAGUAGCACACCUAUUUUUUGCCAAUAUGACUGCCAAGAGAGUUAAUCCCCCACAAACAGGACUCCGCGCCGCAUUGACUCGAUCGUCCUUUUUUUUAUACAUCUUUAUAUUGUUGCCGUUUUUGUUGUUGUAGCAGGCGAUCAGUGAACUAUGCAGGGAUGAGUUCUAGGUGGAAAUCAGGUACCAGUUUAUAUAAUGUAGAUUUCCUGUUUCUUUCUCUUUUUUUUUUUUUUUUCACUGCAUUGUAAAUAGUCACAUAUCAUGAGGAAAAAAAUUGUAUUUAAAGCGAAUCACUAUAAGUACCAAAUUUUCCGAGUGAAAAAAAUCAUAUGUUUGUCUUUUUGUUUUUUCCUUUGAUAUUAAUAAAAAAUGGUAUAUACAUUUCUAUACUUAUUUUUUAUGAGAGAAGUUGAAGUGUUUUCUAAAGCUCAUUUAUUAUACUUAUCUGGCAUGGGGAGCUUUUUAAUUAUAUAAAUAACCUCGAAAAAUGAUUGUAGUUUGUGUGUUGUAGUUAUUGUGUAAUAGUUAUUUUUUAAGAGAUUAAUAAUUAUUUAUUAGAGCAAUAUAGAUGUAUUUAUAUGUAUAAAAACUGAUAUUUCUAUCUUUAUGUUAUUCUCCAUUUAUAUGUUUAAAAUGAGUUAAAUUAUGUUCAUUUUCUUCCAACUUAUGAGUGCAUGUUUUGAAUUUUUAGUUUAAUAUUUAAUGAUACACAAUGAUAAACUAUGAUUAGGUUCUGUAUGAAACUCAUAAAAUUUAAAACAGUUUUACUUUCUGUCAGUAAUAUUUUUAGAUUUAUUUUCAAAUUUGAAUCAAGAGUAGUGUUUAUUUAGAAAGGAGUUUUGGUUUUUUAUAUGUUACUUGUGUAUUUAAAUUCUUUUUCUAUAUUGUAUUAGUUAAAAUAAAAAAUUUUAAUUUGUAAAUUUUCGGUCUGUUUUUUAUCCUUGUGAAGCAAGAUGCAGAAUUCUAUACAAAAUUUCUGAAGUAUUAUGAUAUUCAUCACUCCAAAAUUAAAUUUAUUAUUUGCUUCAAAGUAGAGAAAUAAAGGGGAUAUUAAUCAUAUUCUUUUUGUGUGUUUAUGAUUUGAGUGUUUUUCAUUUCUUUAAAAAUGCUUGCUCUGAGAAAUUUGGUUUGAAAUUUUAAGUGUGUGAUUGCAACAAAAUUCUACAAAUAUAUAUAUUCUAUAUAAAAUUUUUAAGUUCAAGUGUCCAAACAGUUCUUUUUUAAUAUUAUAAUUUAUACCAAAAGGCAAAGCGUAAAAUUUAUUUUUCUUCUAACCAAUAUGUAUUUGUAUCAUGUAAUUAUUAAUUUGUUCUGAAUAUUUCCUGAUUCAUAUUCUUGUUUCAAAUAAUAGGAACGGCAUUGUCAGCAAAUUAUAUUCAUGUAUUAAAUGCAUUUAUUAAUACCAUGUAUACUUGUGAUAUUCAAAAGUUUUCAUAUCUGAUAGUUUGUCUUCUCAUCUUAUUGCUAAUCUUAAUUUAAUAUUGCAGAAUUCAGUAUACUGAAAUUUCUCACUUUGUUUUGCUAACUACAAGUUUGCAAAGCAAUAAGUCUUUGAAUCAUUAACAAACAGUUCACAGUGGUGAAUAGCUAGAUAUAUGCAAUUAGUCCUAUAACACUAACAAUUGUUUAUUCUUUUAUAAAGAAUUUAGCAUUUUCAUAGACAUUUACUGGAUUUCAUGAAGUAUAAUUGGGCUUAUCAGUAAUUUAUGUCCCAACCCAAUGUACACAUCAGUAUUUUUUUUUUUUUUAUUAUUUCUUCUCAUUCCAGUUUAAUUAUGGUCGAUCAGGCACUCUACUUCUUUUAUAGAGUUCAAAAUUUCUGGAUAUUCAACUUUUAAAAUUGCAAAUAAUAAUAAUAAUCAAAAUGUAAAAAAUAUGCUAUAAAAUGUAAAAUCUUAUUAUAGUUUAACUAUAUUUAUAUCUAAUUUUGUAGCAAUAUGGGAGCUAUUUUGGGAUGAACCUUAUAAGUUAGUUGGUUGAUGCUUGAGUUAGCAUCUCCUCUCCAAAAUGUUUACUUUACCAUUUAAAAUUAUAUUAGACCUAGGCAUAUUUAGACUUUCUUACAUGGUACAAAUUCGCUUACUUAGUGGUGAAGUGGUUUUUCAGUAAAAUUGGUUUCAAACUUGGAGCUCUCCAAACACCAAGCCAAGAUGUAACCCUAGGUCAUACGAGACCAUUCAAAAUCCAUAAAGAAUAAAUGUGAAAUAAAGAAAAAGUGCAUAUACAAUUGUGUCAGUGCUUGAAUUGCUGAUUGGAAAUUUAUUGUUAGGAAUGUUAAUUGAGUGAAAUUGAAUUGCAGUCAUAAAGUUGCAAUGUUGGAUUAUUGAGUUUCAUAAGUAAAUGGAAGAAGCCUUUCAGUUACAAUUCUAGUUAAAAAUUGUCAUUCAAAAUUCUGUAACUGUUCUAUACUCAGUAAAAAUUAUUGUAUGCAAUAAAAUAUCUUAUAGCUGCCAAUAUAAAAAUAAGAUCGUAAAAUUAUCUAAAAUUAAGGCUUAAGAGGUUUUUAAAAAAGGGGUUAUCAUUCUAUCAACUAGGUACAGGUACAUGACAUAUGUCUGGCUUUGUAGUUCCUGCAGUUUCAACACACAACUCCUCAUUUCACAUACUUUCAAGACUAUGUAAUGAUGAUUUAUUUUUUAAAUCUGAAAUUCUAUAUAAAAUAUUAAUGAUUUUAAAUCUGUAUACUUAUGGUCAUUAUUUAUUUAAUUUGUAAUUGUUAGAUUGAAAAAAAAAAUUGAAAACCCAUUUAAAAGAUAUUAUGUUAUACUAAGAUUUAUAUCUCAGAUUUACAUGUAUAAUUUCUUACAAAUGUGCAUUGAAAAUUGGACUGUGUCUUUAUCUAAUAUUGUAAGAUCAUUUAAUUUAUUUUUAUUGCUAUGUUUUGUAAAAUAUGUUUAAGGAUACGUGAAUAGAAAUUUUGGAUGAUAUCACUUUGUUUUAAUAUUUAAUGGCUUUAUGGACCAUAU